AUGAACCCUUGGAGAUCAUCUUUUGUGGGUGCUGAGUUGAUAUUCUUUGCAGUGACAGCCACGGGAUUGCUCGUUAAGCCCCAAGAGGGCAGUGUCGCUGGAGGAACGUGGAUUACUAUUACGCUGGAUGGUGAAUCUGACCAGCUAGAAUGUGUACCUUCAACCAGCACAUCCCAUCUGCAGGUGUUCUUGGUGAAUCCAGACCUGCCCAGGUUGCCCUGUGAUGUCUCCCCUCUGUAUUUUGACUUAUGCACUAUAAGAUGCAGAACAAGGUCUUCGCCCCAGGAAGGUUUGUACUACGUGGAGGUGAUAUUGAAAGGACGUGUGAUUAACAAUCUGACUGAGGUGGAGAAAGAAAACUUGACUUUCAAGUUCUCUGCUGCUCAGACACCUGUGGUUUACCAAAUUAGCCCACCAUCUGGCAUCCCAGGAAAUUUAAUAGAGAUUUAUGGGAAGACAAUUGCUGCAAGAUAUGAGACCCUGGACUUCAAUGUGGAUUAUAUUGAUGGGCCAGCUAUCCUUGUGGCGGAAGGAGAUGGAUGGACCAGCCUCUGUUCUUUUGCUGACAGGCAAACUGGAAGCAUCUACCCUAUUCAUGCAGAAGAUGGACUGGGAACCCUGCAGUGCCGGGUAGAAGGGAACCACAUAGGGUCCCACAACGUGAGCUUCUCUGUUUUUAACAAAGGAAAGUCAGCAGUACACAAAGGUGCUUGGCUCAUCAGUGCCAAACAGGAGCUCUUCCUGUAUCAAACACAUUCAGAGAUAGGCUCUGUGUUCCCAGCUGGUGGGAGUCUUGGAGGAGGGACUGAUCUCACUGUCAAGGGGGAUUUCUUUGAGGAGCCAGUGCAGGUCACUGUUGCAGGUGUCCCUUGUAAAGUCAAGCAUGUCUCUCCCAAGCAAAUCAGAUGCACCACUGAGCCUGUCGGCAAGGGCAAGAGGCUUGGUGCCCCCCAGCCAGGAAAUAGAGGUCUUCUCUUUGAAGUCUGGGAUGACGCCUCUGAUCUGACAGAAGCAGGUCCUGGGUAUAGAUGGCAGUUUGUACAUAAUGCCAGCUCCCCAGUAGGAUUUCUGACUGGGGAAAAGAAGUCCUUCAGCUCUAGGUUUCGUGGAUUUUUUGUGGCUCCUGAGACCAACAAUUAUACCUUCUGGAUUCAGGCAGAUGGUCAGGCAUCUCUCUACCUCAGUUUGUCCCAAGAUCCAGAACGUAAGGUGAAAAUAGCUUCUCUCCCUGCUGGCAAUUCAGAGUGGUCUGAGAACUGGGUGAAGAACUGGAGUGAGCAUUGGCAGCCAAAAUCCAAGAAAUUUGAGCUAACUGCUCAAACAAGGUACUACCUGGAAGCGUUGCAUCAUGGACAGUCACCCAGCAAUGGGAUGAGAGUUGGAGUCCAAAUACAUAACACAUGGCUGAAUCCCCACAUGGUGAACAACUACUACAUCGAGAGACAUGAGAUUCGUGCUCGUGCCUUGCAUCUUCCAGAAGUGCAGAUGCUGACUGUGUCUGGUACAGGGUAUUUCAGUAUCUCCUGGAAUAACACAGUGCGCAGAAUGAUCCCCACAAAUGCUACUGCUCGCCAGGUGCAAACAGCAAUAGAGGAACUCCUUUCAAUAGGAUGUCAAACUGAGCCAACUUCUGCUAAAAUCCUUUUCCGUGAUGGCUUUGAGAAAGAAGAGAUGAAGGACAUCAUUACCACAGGGUGCAUUGACAGUGUAACGGAGCCUUUCUGUGGAAAGUUCAGUGUUCACAGACAAAGCCAGCUGAUGAAAACUUUCCCAUUAACUCUACCAAGAUAUGAUCUUACUGAAUACACACAUGUGUGUUUUGCACAUAAAGGCCUCAUGAGCAAUAUCCUUCAUAUCUUGGUGUCCUACACCAAUGUCUCUUUAUGUUCAGUGAAGAGGAAACUCACCUGCCUAUGGGAUUUCAGUAAAACUGACCCUAAGAGCUGGACAUUUACUUGCACUGAUCUCUGGAAUGGGUGUGUGAAUCUCUCCAUGCUUCUCCAGGACCUCCCUGACAAUUCCCCAGUGUUUGUGCAUCAGAUAGACUUGCUGCAAAAGGAAACAUCUGGGUCAUUUUACCUUGAUGAAGUCAUCAUCGCAGACAGAACUGUGACUGUUUCUCGGCGAGAUCCCAGACCACCUCAGCCAGAUGGGAGGAUAGUUGAAGCAGUAUCUGUGGUGGGGUCUUCUCCUACUUACAAUGUGUCCUGGAUGGUUUCUGGCUGCGGUUCAAGUCUGCCCCUUCUCUCUUUAAGAGGUGCUUUGCUUGGGGAGGGCUUUAAAGAGUAUGGCUACCUCUAUAUCUCCACGGAGGAUGUGAGAGUCAGCCUCACUGUUCAGAGACUGCAAAAGUCAUCCCUACCUCUUGGAGGGACCUUCCGCAUCCACUUGGCCGAUAGAGUGAUAUCAGAUGUUUCAGUGCACAUCUCCUCCAGCCAUCUCCGCAAGCUUUUGCAAGACAACACAGAUAAUUCUACAGCCCCAUACUUCAACACCAGUGACUUCAUUGUGACCAAAGACUCAGAUUCUUGCUAUGAAAGCAUCUGGACACUGACUUGGAAAACAAAAGCUGGGGAUUUGCCCAAUGUUAUCAGUGUCUCUCAGGAAAACCUCACUGGUCUGGAACCAACUGUUUCUAGUCGUGUGAUUUAUGAUGGGGGUGUGUUUAUUGGUCCAAUAUUUGGGGAUAUGCUUGCUACCUUCAAUAACAAAACACAGGUGGUAGUGGUGGUGAAUGAUGUCCUUGCAAACUGUUCUGGUUCAUGCUCUUUCCAGUUCAGCCAGGAAAUGACACCUUUAGUCAGUGAUGUGGAGUAUUCAUCAGAUGAUGAGUCCCAUGCCACAGUAGUUAUCAGGGGAGCUGGCUUCACUGAGAAGAGGUCAGCUAUGCAGGUGAAGGUGAACACCACCACCUGCCAUGUCAUAACAUUGAAUCAAACUGAAGUGGUUUGCCAGAUGGAGAGGUUGCCAGUUGGAGUCUACCAGAUGAUGUUAUUGGUGAGACCUUAUGGCUUUGCAGUCAAUGGCAGCACAGGAGAAAGGAUCAUCCUAAGAGUUGAGCCAAAGCUGGUAGCCAUCGAACCUCCUACAGCUUCAGAGAUUGGAGGACUGAGAGUGGCUCUCAGUGGGUCCAAUCUGGAAGGGGUAAACUUGGUGCUGUUUGGAUCUCAGCCCUGCCCUAUUCUGGAGGAUAACAGGAUUUCAACAAGGAUUGAAUGUACAGUUCCCUCUCGGGGGACAGAAGAUGCUACCAUCCAUGUGACACUGAUUUCUGGGCACCAGUCAAUAACAGUAACCAACUUGUUCCAGUAUGAUCCUUCCUUAAACCCAGCUGUUGUGUCAUUGAGCAGAAACACAAGUGGCAUAGCAGGGGGUCAGGAGCUUCAGAUUGGAAUAUCCCAGUUUGCCAGCUAUCAAGAUUCAGAUAUCAAGGUCCAAAUUGGGGACUCAUGGCCACAGAUCCAGGCACAGACAGACCAUAGCGUUAAUGUGAUGCUUCCAGCCCUGGCUGCAGGAUGGUACAAUGUUUCCGUUACCAUCAAUGGUGUUGCUGUCGCUUCGAACGGGGUUGAGCCAUUAAUCCAGUACCUGUCAGAGAUCUUCAGCAUAGAGCCGUGUUGUGGCUCCUUUCUGGGUGGAACACUGCUCACAAUCUCUGGGGUGGGCUUUAGCCAAAAUCCUGCCCUGGUUUCUGUUUCAAUGAACAGGAAAACCUGUAAGGUUACUCACUUGACAGAAGAUACAGUUUGGUGCCUGACCCCCUCAGCUGCUAAUUUAUCUAAUGAAGACUCACAAGAAAUCUCUGUCAGAGUAAACGUAGUCAUCAGCAGCAGGUCAAUUCAACACGUUCUCUUUGCAAAAAGGACCACCGCCUUUAAUUACCAAAGAGCUUUGACUCCUCUGAUUACCGCUGUUAAAAUGGAAGUCACAGAAAGCAGACUGCUGCUGAGCAUCCAAGGGAUAAACAUCACUGGAUCUGUUGCUAAGCUUGGACAUAGUGAAUGUGAACUUGAAUUUCAACGUGGCAAUGAGUCUGCAAUGUUUUAUCAGUGCUCUUUGCCUCUGAACAGCCUGGAACCUGGGAUUUUCCCCAUCCAGGUUAUGCAGAGGCAGCUGGGAUAUGCUCAUGUAACGGCAAGGCUGCAGACCCUUAAAAUAACUCCACAGAUAACCUCCAUAUUCCCAUCACAAGGAUCAAUCUGUGGUGGGAUGUUACUCACUAUAUCUGGUAUUGCUUUAAAAUCCAGGAAGAAUUUGGUACAGGUCAGCCUGCAGAGUAAUUAUUCCUGUGAGGUCCAGAACUCUGAUGAUAAUGCCAUUAGUUGUAUUGUCCUUCCAGGGGCUCAUCCUUUCCAUUAUCAGUGGCUGCCUGGGGCAUCCUGGGCUCUUAAUGUCACUGCAAUUGUCAAUGGCAUCAGCAGUGUCUGCCUUGGAGACUGCACACUUCACCUUCAUGAGCAGUGGACCCCUCUUGUAGAUUCGGUGACUUGGGAAACCAAUGGGACAUUCACAUAUUUGGCGAUCAAAGGACAGAGAUUGUCAUGGCCAAAUGAUAGGCCCAUAGUACAUGUGAAUUACCAGGCUGUCUGCGAGGUAACUUUCUGGAAUGAGACCAGCAUCAAGUGCCAGAUGGACUGCAUUUCCCCAGGGGAACACAACAUUUCCAUAUUCAACAGGAAAAGCGGGCAAGCUUGUUUCAGAAAGGCAGCCCCUGUCCUUACCCUCCUGCCUCAAGUGCACCAGUUUUACCCACAAAACUUCAGUACCAAUGGUGGAGGCCUGCUCACCUUAGCAGGCUUGGCAUUGAAAGGAAAGAGAAUGACUUCUGUUCUCAUUGAUCACUGCCCUUGCCUCAUUCUCAGUGUCACCUGUGUAGCUAUCCAGUGUACAGUGCCCCCAGGUAAUGGGAAUAGGUCUUUGACUCUAAAAGUAGAUGGCAUCACCUAUUACCUUGGAAGAAUAAGUUACAGUGAGGAUUUUACCCCAGCUUUGCUUUCACUUGCUGCAACUGGUCUCCUUUUAACAAUGAGAGUAUCACUGGUCACAGAGAUGGACACCAUCUACAUAUUUGUUGGAGACUUUGCUUGUAGUGGUGUCACCAUCACUAACUCUACUUUGCAGUGCUCAGCUCCUCUACUCCCUGUUGGCCAUUACAGUGUGCUGGGCCUGGAUGUCCCCAGGGGCUGGGCUUCCUCCAACCUGACAUUCACCUCUGAGCUGAUGGUGACAGCUGUGCAUCACAACUGGGGUGGUUUGAAUGGAGGAGCAAUCUACCUGCAUGGAAUUGGGUUUUCCCCAGGGAAGACUUUGGUCACAGUGUGUGGCACCAGAUGCGGAUUGUUGGGCAACACAACGAUGACUGACCUGGCCUGCCUUGCCCCACACCUGCAAGCUUCUUUGGCUGUUCUCUGUGGCCUGACACAUUCUUCUGUCGACUGCCGAGAAGACAGAGCCACUUUUAUUGAAUGUGAUGUCCAAGUCACAGUGGGUUCCUAUCACCAGAGAGAACCUGUGUCUUAUCUGUAUGUCUGUGAGGACAGCCCACCUCAGUGGCACCAGAAGGAUGUCAACCCACCCCAGAGGCAUUUUUCUGGACUCUUUGUCAGCCCUAAAGUGGAAAGAGAUGAAGUUCUCAUCUAUAAUAGCUCCUGUAACAUUACCAUGGAAACUGAGGCAGAGAUGGAGUGUGAGCGAGCUAAUCAGCCAAUUACUGCCAAGAUUACUGAGAUAUGGAAAAACUGGGGCCAGAACACUCAGCUUGCCCUGCAGUUUUGUGGCCAGUGGGACAAGGACUCCAGCUGGCCUGCCGGACAUCAGCCGCGAGAUGGCGAUAACGUCACGAUAGAAGAAGGCCGGACCCUGCUGCUGGGGACCACGACCAGCAACCUCAACCUGCUGCAUCUCAAAGGUGGCAAACUCUUGAUCACUGGUCCAGGACCUGUAGAACUUCAUGCUCAUUACAUUCUGAUAUCUGAUGGAGGAGAGCUCCGGGUGGGAUCCCCUGAGGCCCCUUUCCAUCACAAAGCACACAUCUAUCUCUAUGGAAGCCUCCAUUCUCCACCAUUUCUUCCAUAUGGGGUCAAGUUCUUGGCAGUGAGGAAUGGGACCCUUUCCAUUCAUGGCUGGAUGCCCCAAGUAUCUUUCACACACUUGAAAUCAUCAGCUCAUGCUAAUGACACACAAUUAGUGCUCCAGGAACCUGUUGACUGGCAGCCCGGUGAUGAAAUAGUGGUGGGAAGGACAGGCCUUGGAGAUGUGCAGCAGCAAGAAGAAAUGGCUGUUAUUGAGUCUGUAAACAACACAGAAGUGUACCUUAGAUCACCACUCAGAUACUCCCACAGUGUUGGAGAAGGAUGGGUGAAUGGCCAAGGUCUGCCUUUGAGUGCUCUGGUGGCACUGAUUAGCAGAAGGGUUGUUGUUCAAGGAAAUGUCACAGUGGAGAGGAUGUCACAUCUCAGACAGUGUGUAAAAGCAGGUGUUGCAAGAGGUGGCUCCAGGUGUCUGUACAAGCGAAGCGAGAGGCAUCUGGGAGCUCGCGACCUGGGGGCCAUCCUGGUUGUGGAGGCCUUCCAGGGGGAGGCAAGUCGGCUUCAGGUGGAAGGGGUCCAGUUCCGCCACAUGGGCCAAGCGUUUCGGCAGUACUGCAGUGCCCUCACUAUUGCUGGCAGUGCAAAGAUGGCAGACUCUUACAUACGUGGCUGUUGUGUUUUGGACUCCUUUGGACAAGGACUCCGUCUGACUGGGAUCUCAAACCUUAGUGUGGACAGUAAUGUUUUCUAUAACAUUUCAGGCCAUGGGCUUCUGCUGGGAGAGGGACUGGAAGAGGGGAACAGUGUCAAUAACAACCUAGUGAUUAGCCUUUCUGGAACUGAUGGUUUAUCCAACAUUGAGACACUGUCACCAGCAGGGAUCUACAUCAGGGCUCCUGCCAACCACAUCAAGGGUAACACAGUGUGUGCUGCUGGGUAUGGCUAUUUGUUUCAUCUCUCCCCUGAGAGACCAUCCAAAAUGCCUCUCCUGUCCUUCAGUGAAAAUGUAGCUCAUUCCUGCACAAGGUAUGGGUUGCUGGUGUACCCAGAGUAUUUGCCAGACAGCCAAAACAGACCUGUUCAGUUCAACAGCUUCAGAGCCUGGAGCUGCCAAGGUGGAGCACAAAUUUUCAGGAGCAGCAACCUUGAACUCCGAAAGUUUCAGAUUUAUGCUUGCACAGACUUUGGUAUUGACAUUGUAGAAAGCUUGGGAAACACUUCUGUAGCUGAUAGUGUUUUAACUGGACACAUUGGGCAAAAGGACAGAACCUGUAUGUCAGCAGGACUACAAACUCCUAAAAGAUACCAGCUAUUCAUCUCCAACACAACUUUCAGGAACUUCGAUGCAAACACUUGCACAGCGAUCAAGACUUGUUCUGGCUGUUACCAAGGGCAGGGUGGGUUUACAGUCAGAGCUGAAUGUCUGACCUUCAUCAACUCACCUUUCCAAGUGUCCUUUCCCUUUCCUCAUUCUGCCAUCGUUGAGGAUCUGGAUGGCUCUGUCACAGGGCAGAAAGGAAGUCAUCUCCUCCCUUCCACAGAUGUCCUUGAGGUAUAUUGCACAGCCAGUGCCAACUUCAGUCAAGCCUCUGGUGGCAGUGUUUGUGGCAGUGACCUUGUUUUCCACCGUAUGUCUCUUCAUUUAAAAGAGGCUCCAGACAUUCCCUAUAAUUUAACUGUGACCGACAGUAGGAAUAAGACAACCACUGUCAAUUAUGUCCCUGAUACUUUAUCAAACCUGUAUGGCUGGAUGGUUCUCCUCUUGGAUAAAGAGACUUACACAUUGGCAUUUGACAACCCUUUGGUCAGCAAACAGCUCCAGUAUUCAGUGACAUUUAGCAACUUCAUGACUGGGAAUUAUGUGCUAGUGGAACACAAAGAUCUUCCUGCAAAUCCUGAGGUUGAGGUGUCCUGUGGGACAAGGACUGGACAGCCACUGCCAUCUCUGCCUUCAUAUGGACAUCACAGGAGCUGUGACUGGUAUCUUGACAGCGGACUGAGGAAGCUAACCUAUCUGGUCACAGGAGCUGACUUAAUUCAGGUCACGCUGAAACAGAAGGAAAGAGUGGCUUUACCAACCCCAGCUCCUUCUGAUGCUGUCUUGAAAUGGUCUCAACCAGAGACAUGGAAUGAUGUGGAAAAAGGCUGGGGUGGAUCCAACUAUAGCAUCCCAGGCCCUGGAGAAGAUGUCAUCAUCUUACCUAAUCGGACCAUCCUGGUGGAUAUGGCGCUUCCUCCUCUGAGAGGCCUUUACAUCCUGGGGACUCUUGAGUUCCCCAGCAACUCCAGCAAUGUCCUGAGUGCAGCCUGUAUAGUGGUGGCUGGGGGAACACUGAAAGUGGGUUCUACUCAUCAUCCCUUAGAAAGGGAUUUAAAGCUGCUGGUCCUUCUUCGAGCAUCUGAAGGGAUUUACUGUGAUCAGCUGGAGGAAAUAAAUGUCCACCCAGGGAGUAUUGGGGUUUAUGGACUGGUGCAAAUCUAUAGUGCUUAUCCUAAGAUAUCUUGGACACAUCUUGGAACUAAUGCUGCUCCUGGCAAUGAAAGAAUUUUUGUGAAGGACAAAGUAGAUUGGAAUCAUGAUGGAGAUAUUGUGAUCAGUUCUUCCUCCUACGAAGCCCACCAAGCUGAAGUCGUUACACUUAAAGAAGUCAAUGGUCAUAACAUAAAAAUUAAUGAACGCCUUCUACAUAGACAUAUAGGGCACUCCCAUGACACAGAAGACAGUAGACGCAUCCCUUUGGCUGCAGAGGUUGGGCUCCUAACACGGAACGUACAGUUCAAGUCUGAUGUGGCUUGCACUGGGAGGAUGCUGGUGGGACAUUUUACAGACUCCAGUGGGACAGAGUUUGAAGGUAUCCUUCAACUCUUAAAUGUUGAAUUUUUGAACUUUGGGCCUCCUCAGCUUUCUGCUAUUGAAUUCAGAAAUAUAUCCCAAGAGUCUUCGGUGGUGUCAUUAAGCAUUAAUGGUAGCUGCGGAGCUGGCAUUAAAGCAGUUAUGAGCAACCGGAUCUUGUUACACGAUAAUAUGGUGUUUAACACAGUUGGACCUGGCAUCGAUUUGGAAGGGCAAAAUCAUUCUCUUAUCAGGAACCUUGUUAUUCUGAGCAGGCAGCCAGAAGACUCAUUAAAUUGGGUUGCUGGCAUCAAGACGAACCUUGCCAUUGAUGUUUCCCUCUGUGGCAAUGUUGUGGCAGGAUCUGAAAGAAUUGGCUUCCAUAUCAGGGGGCAAGAGUGUUUGUCAGAUGGAGGGUAUUGCAGUGAAAAUGUGGCCCAUUCAAAUCUCCAUGGCAUUCAUCUGUACCAGGGAGAUGGAUUUCAGACCUGCAUUAGAAUCACAGGUUUUCUAUCCUAUAAGAAUUAUGACUACGGUAUCAUGUUCCACCUUGGAAGCAGCGUCAUCAUUGACAAUAUAGUGCUGGUAGACAACACUGUGGGACUCAUGCCAGUAGUGUAUUGUCUGUAUGCCAAGCAAUGCCAGACAGGGAAAAGAUUCAUUGAACUCAGAAACUCCAUCAUUGUCGCAACAAGCUCAACUUUUGACUGCAUCAGAGACAGGAUCAAACCUCAUUCAGCCAAUCAAACAGCCAAGGAUCGACCACCAUCCUACCCUCUAAGAGGCCGUGUUGGGAUUUUAUGGCCUACAUUCACCACUGUUCCUAGCCAAAGGCCAGAUAACCCAUGGCACAAAACUGGGAAUUGUACAAAAGUCCUGGGACACAUGAAGCUGGAAGAAGUCACCUUUACUGGUUUUACAAAGAGCUGCUACAGUGAAGACAGGGAUGUCUGCAUCAUGUCAAGUGCUGACCAUUUAGGCAUUAUGCCGCUUAUCACUGCAGAGACAUCAAAGAUGUUACAUGUCAAUGAUAAGGACAAGUUCUACUUGCAUCCAACAAGUGCACAGACCUCUGAAGAUACCACAUUCCCUGAAAAAAGAUGCAGAGGCUCAAGGAAAGCCCUUUUCAAGGACUUAGAUGGAAGUGUCCUGAACCUAGAACCACCUGUUGCUGUUUUCCCAAACUCAGAGUUUGAAUGGACACAAUUCUACUUGCAAGCUGGAAUUUACAGAGAUGACAGUAAGUGCAUCUUCAAGCCCUCAGCACAAGGUUAUUUCUGCAAACAGGCAGAUCAUGCAUUUGUCAUUCUAGAAAACCUGGACCACAGAAUGGUCAGCCAGAGACUGUUUCCAGUGGUAGCAGUGACUGGCAGCUUUAUGGAUACCUUCAGUGAUGUGACUUCAUACAGUUUCUGUUAUCCUACAGAGCAUCAUUCUACUUUUUUUUCUGUGUUGCCAUCUACCAAACUCACUACAGUUUGCUUCCCAAACCUAGAACCUCUGACUUUCAGACUCUACCUCCUGAGUGGCCAAAAUGCAAGCAGACUACCCCUAGCUAUAUUCUACAAUGAACUACUCAGUCUUCGUGUUUUUGUUCAAGGGAAAUACGUUUCUCCAACCCCAUCUUCUUUUUCACUGAAAGAAGGAGCUGGAGCCAAUUACUUUAGCUUUGAGGACAAUCUUCUUUAUGUUCUCCUCCAUGAGAAGGAACCUGUAGAAAUAGUUGCUGGCCUUUCUCUUCUUUUGGCUUUCACCAUAACCGAGGCUGCUGGGGAAGAGGGUGAGGCAAGUAUAAUACAUCAAUUAGCUGAUUUCUUAAAGGUUGAUCACUACCAAGUCAGAGUAGUCCACUAUUUCCUGGGAGGUGAAAGCAUGUUGAAGGUAAUCUCGGCCAAUGUUAACAAAAAGAAAUAUCACUGCCCUAACAUGGCAUUUUGCACAGCCCUUCAUGGUAGGUAUGGCUCACAGAAAGUGGGAAGAGGACCAAUGAGCACCCAAACUCUUCAGUCAUCUGAUGCAGCUGGUCCAUCAAGAGUGCUGAUCAUUGAACUUGGUGACCCACCAGCCCAUCCAAGAAAUGAGUUGACCAGUGACAGCUUAAAGAGUUUGGCCAGAACAAUUAUCAACACUCAUCAGACUGGAGACCUUCAGAGAGGCCUUGACUUACCAAUUGACACCUUAAUGGUGACUCAGCCUGCCUUACUGUUUCCAGCAGAACCUAUGGAUAGCAGAGAGCAUCUGGAAACAUGCUUGUACGUGAGACCUUACAACAUCUCUGUUCAGGUGCAGCCCUCAGAUGGAGAAAUAGAGAAGCGACUUCCUGUACAGCCAAAAAUCAUUUUCCUGGACAGUAAGGGUAUAAAAGUUGACAAACUUGGGCCUCCCUCAGAACCCUGGGUUGUAUCAGCUCAUCUCAAGGGCUCCUCCAAAGCUGUGCUAAGAGGACUCACCGAAGUGGAGGUCAUAGAUGGAUGUGCAAGCUUUUCCAGUCUGGCUGUCUCCAGCUCAGGAACAAACUGGAAACUGGUGUUCACUGUCACAUCACCCCCAGGGGCUAAGUUUACAGUGCUGUCUCAGCCAUUUACCAUCUUCCCAGUCCCCAUGGGAGUGAAGGCCAGCAUGAUCCUUGUUGUCAUACUGAGUUCAGCAGCAUCUGCAUUCACCCUCACUAUUGCAUUCUGCUGGUUCAAGAAGAGCAAAAGCAACAAAACGAGGAUUGAAUGGGCCAGUACCAAGGGACCACAUAAACAGGCACAGACUCAUGCAGCUCACAUCCAGACCUGCUGCAAUCAAGGAGAAAAUAAAAAUGGUGUGCCUGUAGCAGCAGAUACGGAAGGAACUGGAGCAGUGGGACAUGCCACAGGACAACUGAAGGAGCUGAAGCUGCAGCCCUGUGAAGCCAAGCCAGUGAGAAAGAUGAGUACUGUCCAGUGUAAGACAGUGGACAAGGAUACCUUUCCUUCAGCUAGGAAAAGUGACAGUCACCAGCAGCUAUGUGGAGUAACAUCUGGUGACUCUCUGGAACUUCCAGAGGCAACUGUCCGGGGAUGCUUCAGCCAGAAGGAUGUUCUCCAGACUUCAGCUGGUUACAACAAUGAAAGGGAGAUGUCUGAAAGUAUGCCCGAAUGUCAGGAUGUCAGAGAGCAUGUUACUGUAGUAGCAGCAGAGGUGUAA